GCACACCGCCCUGAUAUGGCACUCGCCUUCUUCGGUCGUCUCCUCAGGACGGGUCUGGAGGCAGACCAAGUCGUUUUCAGCACCCUCCUCAAGGGACUCUGCCACGCAAAGCGCUCAGAUGAGGCUCUGGACGUGCUGCUGCACAGGAUGCCUGAGCUCGGCUGCACCACCCACGUGGUGGCGUAUAACACCGUCAUCCAUGGCUUCUUUAGGGAAGGCCAAGUAGGCAAGGCGUGCGAUAUCUUCCAUGGAAUGGCGCAGCAGGGCGUUGCGCCUAAUGUGGUGACAUAUAACUCGGUUAUUGAUGCGCUGUGCAAGGCCAGAGCAAUGGACAAGGCAGAGUAUUUCCUUGGUCAGAUGGUUGAUAGUGGUGUCGUACCUAAUAAUGUCACAUAUAAUAGCCUCAUCCAUGGAUAUUCCUCUUCAGGCCAUUCAAAGGAGGCGGUCAGGGUGCUGAAACAGAUGACAAGUAAGGGUAUCAUACCAGAUGUUUUUACUUGCAACUUGCUCAUGGCCUCCCUUUGCAACAACAGAAGAAGCAAAGAAGCUGCAGAACUUUUUGACUCCAUGGCCAUGAAGGGCCUGAAACCUAACACCGUUUCAUAUGCUAUUCUCCUUCAUGGGUAUGCCACUGAAGGAUGCCUAGUUGACAUGAUCAAUCUCUUCAACUCAAUGGCAACAGACUGUAUUCUACCUAACUGUCGUAUCUUCAACAUACUGAUUAAUGCAUAUGCUAAAUCUGGGAAGCUUGAUAAGGCUAUGCUUAUAUUUAAAGAAAUGCACAAGCGAGGAGUGAGUCCAGAUGUAGUCACCUAUUCAACUGUAAUACAUGCAUUUUGCAAAAUGGGUAGCUUGGACAUUGCUAUGGACAAAUUUAACCAGAUGGUUGAUAUGGGAGUACGACCGAAUGCAACUGUUUAUCAUUCCCUAAUCCAGGGUUUUUGUACACAUGGGGAUUUAGUGAAAGCAAAGGAAUUGGUUACUGAAAUGAGGAACAAAGCUAUGCGUCCUCCUGAUAUUAAGUUCUUCCAUUCAAUAAUGCAGAACCUAUGCACGGAAGGAAGGGUAAUUGAAGCACGGGAUAUCCUCGACUUGAUGCUGCACAUAGGUAUGAGGCCUGAUGUUCCCAUCUUUAAUUUACUAAUCGGUGGAUACUGCCUAGUCCGCGAGAUGGAGGAUGCAACAAAAAUGUUUGAUGAUAUGGUGUCAUAUGGUUUAGAACCUUGUAACAAUACGUAUGGUAUACUUAUUAAUGGCUAUUGCAAAAAUAGAAGGAUUGAUGACGGGCUUAUUCUAUUCAAAGAGAUGCUGCGCAAGGGACUUAAACCUACAACUUUUAAUUAUAACGUCAUACUGGAUGGAUUAUUUCUGGCUGGACGAACUGUUGCUGCAAAGGUGAAGUUUAAUGAGAUGGUUGAAUCUGGAGUAAGUGUGUGCAUUGAUACAUACUCUAUAGUUCUUGGUGGACUUUGUAGAAAUAAUUGCACCGGUGAAGCAAUCACGCUGUCCAAGAAAUUAAGUACAAUGAAUGUCAAAUUCAAUAUUGCAAUUGUCAAUAUCUUGAUUGGUGCAUUCUUCAGGGUUCGGCGAAACCAAGAAGCUAAGGAUUUGUUUGCUGCUAUACCAGCCAAUGGCUUGGUUCCUAAUGCUGUUACCUACACCAUAAUGAUGACAAAUCUUAUAAAAGAAGGUCCAGUGGAAGAAGCUGACAAUCUUUUUUUAUCGAUGGAGAAGAGCGGCUGUAGUGCCAACUCUUAUAUGUUAAAUCAUAUCAUCAGAAGGUUACUGGAAAAAGGAGAGAUGGUCAAGGCUGGAAAUUAUAUGUCUAAAGUUGAUGCAAAGAGCUACUCCCUUGAAGCUAAAACUGUUUCACUGCUGAUCUCUCUGUUUUCAAGGAAAGGGAAAUAUAGAGAACACAUCAAAUUGCUCCCUACAAAGUAUCAGUUUCUGGAAGAAGCAGCCACAGUUGAAUAGUUGGUACAUGAUAUCUGAAAUUUAACUUCUUUCACUUGCCGUGGGUCCAUCUGCUUAGACAACAAAUGCAUUUUCUAUAUGUAAAUAGGAAGUCAGUUUAGAACAAGGCAUCAGGAUGACGCAUAGAGUACAAUUCAGUUGCAGCACCAAUAAAAAGGCAGAACUAGGCCUGCAAAAACUCAAAUAGAAGGAGCAGCAGUUUUUUUUUGAAGCUGUACAGUCUGCUAGCCAAACAACUACGGGAGACUGUCGGGCGGGGCAUGUAGUGGCUGGCGUCUAAGUGCCUUUGCUUCUCCCACCAUCCAUGGCUUAGCCUCACACGGAAUUGAGUCAACCAAUUCCCGUCGGUUUUGGGUGGCUCCCUUGAAGAUGCAAUCGUUUUCAGCCGCCAGAUACGCAUGGUCAGAUUAUUCAGCGAGCGUGCCCCUUCUGUCUGGUUCGAGAAAGAAUUUGAAGAGCUGAGCUUGUCCCUGCUGAAGCUAGUUUGAGGUUAGUUAAUCAUAACAGGGUACUAGAGAGGUGUUUCAUUGACUGUUGAUGUGUAAUAUGUUAUAUGCCAUCCUCUUGAUGAUUACGGUGAUCUGUGAAGAGGCAGCAUGCAAAAGUCUGAAUCAAAUAUCCUUAUGUAAUUGUGUUAUUAUUUGUGCAGCUUCUAGACCUUCUGUAACUGUUAGUGUUUCGUAUAUGCUGGAGUUGGUUAUACAUGUUAGUUUAGGGCCUUGUUCCAAAUUAUUUGUUAUG